AAAGUGCUAAUAUCGCACUGUUGAAAUGGUUGAAGGAAGAUGUUCAAUUCUCGGAUGGUUAUGCAUCUAACAUCGGGCGAUGUGCUGAUAUUGAUGGUGUGAAGUUAAAUGGAAUGAAGAGUCAUGAUUGUCAUGUCUUCAUGAAACGACUUCUUCCAGUUGCUCUUGUUGAACUAGUCCCGCGCAAUGUCUACGAACCUUUAUGCGGUAUCAGCACAUUUUUCAGAGAUAUAUGUUCAAGAAAUCUUAAUGUUGGUGAUGUUCAGCGUAUGAAAGAAAACAUACCGCUAAUCUUGUGUGCACUAGAAAAUGUGUUUCCGCCUUCGUUUUUCGAUGUUAUGGAGCAUUUGGCUAUACACUUACCAGAUGAAGCAAGACUUGGUGGUCCAUUGCAAUUUCGAUGGAUGUAUCCGUUUGAAAGAUUGUUUUUUCAUCUGAAAAGAAAGGUGAAAAACAAGAACAAACCGGAAGGGGCAUGUGCAUACAUCGGGAGCUAAGCCUUUCAGUCGUGUUAUGCAUGAAAUGGCUAAAAAAAGUGAAGCGCCAACGUUGCUAGAUCUGUUGAAAGCAACGCAUACACGAAAAGAUGGUGUGAUGGUUGACGGAAAAGCGCAACAAAUCGCGUCACAAAUUCAACAUGAGAUUAUUGCGUCGCAACCAACACAAGGCGAAGCUUCUGCAUCGGAACCUAAUUUGCCGAAGGAGAAAAUUGAUGAGAUAUAUCUUCAGGUUGUUCCACCGAACAAAUUUGGACGGAUAUACGGUCUCGGUUCAAUGCAAACCGAUAUCACAUAUCAUCCUGGUGAAGAUGCUCCUUCAACUGCUCAGGAAACGCUUUCACUCGCACGACGAGUGCGACAAUUAGAGGAGCAGCAAGCUGAACUUCUUCGGCAACAAGCGGAAUUCUUGCGUCGACAAGAAGAAGAUCGAAAACUCAUUGAAGAACUACGAGUGCAAGCAGAAUUUUUCAAUGAGUUCCAAACCCGAGGAUUUCCGAGCUUCGGAAGCGGUGGCGGUGGCGACGGCGAUGAAGCCAAUUACGAUGGGGAAAAUCAAAAUUAA